CACACGCACGCUCCUUGCCAAAACUUCCCUUUUAACUUUCCCCCCCAAACGAUAGACUCUUCGAGGAUCGCACCGACAACUACUUGCCAUACAACUCAGUCAAGAUGUCGGACGUAGAAGAGAACAACGCCCCCGAGGUUGCCGAUGAGGUCGAGGUCUCCGCCGAGGCCGGCUCGGGCCAGAUGUCUGUCCUGGACGCCCUUAAGGGUGUCCUGAAGCUCGCCCUCAUGCACGACGGCCUUGCCCGUGGUCUGCGUGAGGCGUCCAAGGCCCUCGACCGCCGCCAGGCGCACAUGUGCGUCCUGAACGAGAACUGCGAGGAGGAGGCCUACAAGAAGCUCGUCAUCGCCCUCUGCUCGGAGCAUAAGAUUCCUCUGAUCAAGGUGCCCGAUGGCAAGCAGCUCGGCGAGUGGGCUGGUCUCUGCGUUUUGGACCGUGAGGGCAACGCGCGCAAGGUCGUCAACUGCUCCUGCGUCGUCGUGAAGGACUGGGGUGAGGAGUCCCAGGAGCGCUCUAUCAUCCUCAACUACUUCCAGACCGAGCAGUAAACCGAACGAAACCGGUACCAGCUACGGCUAUGAUGGACGGGCGUCUUCAGGCAGGAAAGGUGUAGAGGUUUCGCGGAUUCGGUAUCCGCCGUCACAGAGAGUGAUGGUUGUACUCUAGCUUCUUCAGCUGGCAUUGGGCAAGGACGGCCGCCUGGGUUUUGGUCAUCUUGCAUGGAAGCAGACCAGGAGCAAAAGCAAAUAAAAAAAAUGACAAUACUGGAAGAACUCUGUCUGUGGUCGUAUCGAGGAGCACAAGGCCUAGUCUUUUUGCGGAGUUUUACGCGAUGAAGCGUUUUGCAUUCGCAUUCUCUUUCGAUGGCAUGUCGGCAGCAUAGAUGUAUCUCUCUCAUUUUCUUCCCUCGACC